AACAUGAAGCUCCUAACCCUCCUUUAUACUGCCACAUCUCUGCUAGGCAUUGCAUCUGCAGAUAUUGAGAAGCGCUGUACUAUCGGCCUUGAUAUUGAGUGUUGGUAUCAGGGUUUCUAUUCAAACGGCGAUCAGGUCCGAUGCGCAGUUCCUGGACAAUAUGCGAUCGCCUACGCAUAUGGAGAAUGUCCUAAUACCUACGACGGCAAGAGCUUUGCUUAUUCCACCUGUAUUACGGCUGGCAAGUAUAAUGGACGCCAUAAGUGCAGCGACUCCCCAGCCCCAGAUGGCAAUGAUCCAGACGACAAAAGCUUUGGAAAUUAUGGUGGAAAUUAGAUUGUACGGGCUAUAUAGUCAGAGCUAGACU